GCGUCAUCGCCGCGCGCGGCGGCGGCCCCGCCAUGCGAGCCCGGGUGCUGCGCGCCGCGCGCCAGGCCGUGAGGGCGGCGGGGCCGCCGUGGCGCGUCCUGUUCUUCGGCACCGACCGCUUCGCCGUGACCACCCUGCGAGCCCUGCGCGCCGCCGGGGAGCCCAGCGAGCGCCCGCUCGUGUCCCGGCUGGAGGUGGUGACCCUGCCCUCCCGCCUGCCCAGGGACCUGCCCGUCAGGAGCUGCGCCACGGAGCUCCGGCUGCCCGUGCACGAGUGGCCGCACACGGGACCCGCGGAGCAGUUUGAUGUGGGCGUGGUGGCAUCUUUUGGACGUCUUCUAAGCGAGGAGCUCAUUCUGCAGUUCCCAUAUGGCGUGCUGAAUGUCCAUCCCAGCUGUCUCCCUCGAUGGCGUGGUCCUGCACCCAUAGUCCACACAGUGCUUCAUGGUGAUAAGGUGACUGGGGUGACAGUUAUGGAAAUAAGACCAAAAAGGUUUGAUGUAGGCCCAAUUGUUAAGCAAGAAGAGGUCGCUGUUCCUCCCCGCUGUACGGCACAGGAGCUGGAAGGGAUGCUGGCAGAGAUGGGUGCGAGCAUGCUGUUAGCAGUUUUGAAGAACUUGCCUGAAAGUUUAAAAAAUAAAAAAGAGCAGCCAAAAGACGGGGUAACGUUUGCUCCUAAAAUCUCUAUAGCGAAGAGUUGUAUAAAAUGGGAAGAGCAAACAGCUGCACAAAUAAUUCAACUGCAUCGUGCAAUAGGAAGUAUGUUUCCUUUGCAGACACUCUGGAAGGGUACUACCAUUAAACUCCUGGAUUUUGUGGAAGUGGAUAAUAUCGCUGAUUUUUCUGAUCAAAUACAAAAUGGCUGUGAAGUUGUUCCUGGUUCAGUGGUGUUCCAUAAAAUGUCCCAAGCAUUGAUAGCUCGCUGCAAGGAAGGCUGGGUUGGAAUCAAAACUGUUGUUUUAAAGAAGAAGCUUACAGCAGUUGACUUCUACAAUGGAUAUAUGCACUCUUGGUUCCAGCAGAAUCCAAGAACAGUUCAUCAGGAAUGCAGAUUUCAAACACUCAAACUUAGCACGGCAAAAAAGACUCUGAAGGAGAGGGGAAUACUGGCACAGGAUAUAAAGCAAUAAAUGUAUUUUUUAAUGUCUUUUUAGGUCAUGUCUGGUGUGAGACCUAUUGCUGGCAGACAAUAAUCUGGCUCUCAGUAAAGCAUAAAGCAACAGGAAGAGUUUGCCUGUGUUUUUGGGAAGCUCGAGGUGGCAUGUGCCCAGAAUCCCUGUAGAUGGAGCUCGCUGCAUCCCUUUUGGGUGAAAACCAAGGACAGCUGGACAGAAGAUGGUGAAAAUCUGGUACAGAACGCCUUCAGUUAGUUGUUUAAUAGUGAAUAAUGUCUAAACCAUAUUUCAGCCAGGAUCCCAUGUACUUGUAACUUAAUCUUUUGAUCUGUGCAGAGUUUGCUAUAAGCCUUCUUUUGCUUUCUGUGUGAGAGGUUAUAAAAGAUUAGACCAUUCUGAGUUGUGUAAUGUCCUAGCUCUGAAUAUGCACAACUUUACCCAACUCAUUUUAUGGAGCAAAAGAAGGUAAGAUGAAUUUAUUUUUUUAUGGAGAAAGUCUUUGGCAUGCUAUUUUUGGCAUGGUAGAGAAGUUUUAAAUGGAAUUGGUGUUCCCCAGGCAGCUGUUAGCCAAAAUGUCUCUUUGGAAACUUUGCUUUCACCUGGCUCUGCAGGGAUUUAACUCAGUAAGUAAUGAAAAUCUGAUUGUUUUUGCAGAACAGACAAAACAAAAAUGGGGCAUUCACUGAUGAAGUGUGGAAUAGCAUGUCAGGGUUGACUCUGGAGCACAGACACAGUGAUUUGAUCCCCAGUACCACUGAUGAGGUUGAGUACAGCUACCCUGGCCAUUGGAACGGGAUCUUAGUGAAAAAAAACAGUUGUCCUCCUCUCAGAGGAGAGAGGGAAAGCAACAGAGGUAUUCACAGACCCAAUGUCCACUAUGGCUCAGUUUAACGUCACUGGGACCAAAUUACUGGCAGAACUGCAACGUAUUUGGGCACCAGAAGGGCUCUGGUGUUGGAUAGGGAUGAUUUCAUCAUGGAUUUCAAAUAAAUGUUAGUAGAGAGAGUGAUAUUUCCUAGGGUGCUGGUGACUCACAAUUAGAUGCAUCUGUUUCAUGUUCCGCAACCUUACUACUCCCCCUCCUUCCUAGGAAACCUCUUCAUUCCUGUUUUCUGAAUACAUUACAAAUAAAUAAAAAGUAUAAGUGACUAAUCA